AUGAAGAACCGGGCGCGACGAAAACGUGCGAGAGAGCGCGUGGCGCCGCCUCGGGCUUCGGAAGAGAAACGCGCGAGAGAGACGUCGACAACGCACGCGGGCGAUUCAGAGAACGAUGAAGACGUCAUGGACGCGAGCCAUAUCGCGGUUGUCCGUCGAGAGGGGGCGUACGGGUCGUACGGGUCGAUGAGCGGUGGGAUGUCCAUCGAGGACGACGAAUGGGCGACGGCUACGCGGACGUGGCGGAGUCUAUUCACGGUUCUGGGUGCGACCGCGAACGGGUUCAGGACGAAGAAGGUGUGGGCGCCGUUCGUGUACGACGAGCUGGCGGGGAAGCGCAUGCGAGAGGCUGGGUUCGAGCGCGUGGUGCACAAGCGGUGGGAUUUUUUCGAUAAAGUGCGGGACGGGCCGUUCGUGCGGUCGCUCGACGCGGUGGUCGAUAAUCCGCCAUACACGGGGAAGGGAAUGAAGCAGAAAGUUUUAAAGUCGCUCGUGGACGCGGAGCUACCGUUUUGCUUGUUGUUACCGCUGGGAGUGGUGCACGGCGCGUUUGUGCGGGAAAUGUUGGAGGAACGAUACGUACAGAUAAUUGUGCCAAGAAAGUGCUACGUGUUCAAGAAGAAUGGUGCGGAGAUUCCGUUUAAGUUUUUGGUGUGGUUAUGCUACAAGAUGGAGCUUGAGCGCGAUCUAUACCUCAUAGACUAA